CAUCUAGUAACUAUAAAUAAUCUAUUACCCAUAGGUUCUCAACAUGAGAACUAGAUAAAUGCCUUAGUGACCGAAAAUUCCUUUUGGAGGCCGGCUUCCAUGGAAGCCGGUUUUUGAAAACUUCAAAUUCAUCAAAAUUUAUCACUGAAAAAAAUAGCAUGCUAUAACCUCACUAAUAGCACGCUAUAGCAUAUUGAGAAUUGUCUCGCUAAAUAUAUUAGUGUACAACGUCUCGCUAAUAGCACGCUAUAGCGUGAUAUAGUACGCUAAUAGCAUAUUUUAAGGUCGACGCAAUUUUGUUGUAGCACGCUAUUUUUUCAUUGAAAUUUAUAUUUUUACAUUUCAAAUAAAUUGAAAUUAAAUACAGAUAUACAUGGAGGCAUAACAGACAUGUCUGUAAAUUUUUAGGACGAAAUACGUUGAAAUGAGGGCGGUGCAAAAAAGGAAAAUAUGUGGUUUUUCAACACAUGAUACUAUUCAUCCCAAAAGUCCAUGACUUUGUCCUUUUGCACAGAUCGCAUCUCAAGGUAUUUCAUCCUGAAAUUUUACACACAUACACAUCACAUCCGUGUAUACUUUUAUAAAAAAAUUCAGAUUUUUUUGAAACAGAAAUGUAUGAAUUUUGAUUUUUUCAAAAAAUUCGGCCUCCAGAGUGGCCGAGCUCCAAAAAGCUGUUCUCCUUAGUAAGUACACAUAAUUUUCAUACAUGAAGUUUAUUAAGUUACAAUGUAUAGACGAGAAAAAUAAAGUUCUACUUUCAGACUGCAUACAUGUUUAGCAAGUAAGUUGUGUUAGAAAACAGAGGCACCUUCUAAUCAUAAUUUAUAAAACUGUUUUAGCUACGAUCUUGUCAGAUGGUUUUUUAAUAUGCUGCAUAAUUGUUUCACUAGAUUAGAAGGAAAUCCCCUAUGUUCAAAAGUCAAUGAUACAUACUGUUCAAAUAAGAAAAAGAACACCACAUCUACUGUGCUCAUCGCCGUGAUAGUUCCUGUGGUACUGAUAUCCCUCCUAGUAGUUAUGUGCAUAAUCUGGAAGUUAUGCUGGAAAGGAGAGCCAGGAGUCCAUGAAGAUUAUGCUAUGUAUGAAGAGGAAACUCACCUACAUAUUGAGAUUAGACGGUUUACGUAUGCAGAGUUGAAGCUCAUAACAAACGACUUCCAAUCAAUCAUUGGAAAAGGUGGUUUUGGUAUAGUUUACCAUGGCACACUGGAAAAUGGUAAAGAAAUAGCUGUUAAGGUGCUUAUGGAGACGUCAAUAGCGGAGUCAACAGAUUUUCUCCCUGAGGUGCAAACCUUGUCCCAAGUUCAUCACAAGAAUCUGGUGACUUUGCAAGGAUAUUGCCAAAACAAGAAGUGCCUCGCACUUGUUUAUGACUUCAUGCCCAGAGGAAAUCUUCAACAGCUUUUGAGAGGAGAAGACUGUAGUUUGAAUUGGGAACAACGAGUUCAUAUUGCCCUUGAUGCUGCACAAGGACUGGAGUAUCUACACGAGUCAUGCACCCCAUCAAUAGUGCACAGAGAUGUGAAGACGCCUAACAUCCUUGUGGACAAGAAUCUGGUGGGGGUAAUAUCUGAUUUUGGGCUUUCACGGGCCUUUAGUGAUGCUCACACACACAUAUCUACUGUUGCUGCUGGCACUAUUGGCUAUCUCGACCCUGAGUACCAUGCAACUUUUCAACUCACUGUCAAGGCAGAUGUUUACAGCUUCGGCAUCGUGCUUUUGGAAAUCAUCACUGGCCAACCCCCAAUACUUAUGGACCCUCAAGCUGUCCACCUACCAAAUUGGGUGCGCCAAAAGAUAGCGAAGGGCGGCAUUCAUGAUGUAGUAGACGAGAAGCUGCUAGAUCAGUACGAUGCCAGUUCGAUGCAGUGUGUGGUGGACCUUGCCAUGAACUGCGUCGAAAGCAUAGCCUUCAAUAGGCCCACCAUGACCGAGGUUGUUUCCAAGCUCAAAGUAUGUUUGCCAACAAUUUCUAGCGAAAAGAAGUCCGCUUCUGGGACCAAUACUGAACUUCCAAGCCAGUUCCAGCUGACGAUUUCAGGAGCAAGCAACGGCGGGAGAUAUACCGGUGGGACGUCACAAAUGAGCAUCUUUUCUGGACGAUGAAAGGAAGACACAUACUGUGUUUUUGUUGCAUUUGCUUAAAUAAUGUUUGGUAAUUUGCUUAUGCAUCGUGACUGAACGUCCAUAAACUAAGCCUAAACUGGAAUUGAGUUUCAGUAUUGGUCGUUACGUUACUACUUGUAAUCAUUUUCAAUCACGAAGCACCCGUUUCCAGUUGAGGUCUUGGCGGUCCAUUAAUUGGUGCUCGUACAUCAGGUCCGCACCAAUCCUAAGGCAAGUCGUCUGUUUACAUGUUGCCGCUUAAGAACUACGCCUUUUACUCCACAAUCUUUCUUGCAAGGUUGUGGAUCCAAAUUAAAACACUCGUUUCUUCCAUAAUAUUUCUUU